AUGCUUUCCGUCUCUGAUAAUGACAAAUAUCAUCUUUUUACAUGGACCGACGAACGUAUUGUCGAAGAAGUUGAGGACCUUAAGCUGUUGUUGUGUGAUUUGAAAGAAGAGUUUUCUGAAACGCGUACGGAGGUGGGUGGUUUAGCGAAGCAACUUGUUCAGAGUCAGCACAUUAUCGACAUGUCAGUCGUAUUUAGUGGAUGA